AUGUGGAAGAACUGGAACUUGCAGAUACCCAAUUCAGGGGGUUCGAAGAAUCGUGUUCAAUCCGUUCAAGCAUCUGCGACUUCAUUUGGAUCAAAGAAUGAAAUCUAUACUCUUGAUGGUAUAAGAAGUUCUUUAAUUCGACAAGAAGAUAGCAUUAUAUUUAGCCUUGUAGAAAGAGCUCAAUUUCGCUACAAUGAGGAUACAUAUGAGCCUAAUGCCUUCUUCAUGGAUGGCUUCAAAGGUUCUUUAGUUGAGUUCAUGGUUGGAAGAUACAAGAGCCCUGAUGAACACCCGUUUUUCCCAAAAGACUUACCUGACCCUAUGUUGCCCCCAUUGGAAUACCCACAAAUAUUAAUAUUAACCUCAAAAAUAUGGGAUUUAUACUUCAAAGAUAUUCUCCCUAGGCUUGUAAAGGAAGGAAAUGAUGAUAAUUGUGGAUCAGCAACAACCUGUGACUCCACCUGCUUGCAGGUUGCAAUCAAGAAGAUGAAGAGAAAGUAUUAUGUUUGGGAAGAAUGUAUGAAUUUACACGAAGAUAUGUGGGCAGUUCGUGCAAUACUUGCUGAACUUUUCACUUUGUGCCUGAUGUUUCCAGGGGAAAGUGAAAUAGAUCAGUUCUACAAGAUAUGUUGUGUUUUUGGCACACCUGAUUGGACCCUUUUUCCGGAAGCAAGGAAUGUUGCAAGGUUAAUGGAUAUCAGUUAUUCUAUGAUUAUGCAUGCAAAUCUUGCUGACCUUAUCCCAAAUGCAAGCUCGGAAGCUAUUAAUUUUAUCAAGGGGCUGAGGGAGAUCAGUAACUUCGCUAUGGCUAAAAAUGAAGGCGAAUACAUGCUUGUUCCUCAUAAACAUAAAAUCAAUUUCUACAGAACCACAAAAGUUCGUGUAUCCACUGAUUUUGUUGAUACGGUAGAUCCUUAUCAUUUUAUCUCUUUCCCAGAUUUGCUAGCCAGGAACUUUGACACUCGUGUUGCAUUUGAUUUUCUUGGUGAAGUUGUGUCAACUGAUCCCAUGCGAGUCAUUGUUGAGUAUGGAAGAGAAAAAAGGUUAAUGAAUCUGAUUGCUCAGGAUUUAAGUGGUACGAAAAUUGCAGUCGCUUUGUGGGACAGUUUUACACUGAAGCUGAAUACUUACAUUUCACAACAUCAUAAUGAAACUGCAGCUGUUAUUAUCCUGCUACGUUUGGCCAAACUCAAAAUUUGGGGUGGUAAGCCUCAAGUUGGUAAUUGUUUGUUUGGGUCUAGAUUGCAUAUAAAUGGUGAUAUGCCUCACAUUUUAGAGUUCAAAUCAAAUCUUAAUGUUUUGGAUACGAAUGUUGAGUCUUCUAGCCGUACAUCCCAGCUCAACUCGGAUACUGUUGUGGCUAAUCCGGAGGAUUACUACCUCCGUUUUCAAAUAAAAAACAUCGAUGAGAUUCCUGAUUUUAAUGAGGAAGUUGGUUUAACCAUCAUCGCUACUAUCAUCGGUUUUGAUGUGGAUGAUGGCUGGUAUUCAUUUUAUUGUCGUGAUUGUUCUAAAAAAGUUACUAAAAAUUAUGAUGAUGUUGAUGCUGGCCCUUUUCACUGUGAUGGUUGUGGAUUUGUCUCGGAUGUACAUGAAAAGAUUAGGAUAGUAGUUCGUGUGCAAGAUGAAAGUGUGUCUUCUUCGUUCGUAUUAUUUGAGCGUCAUGCAAAAGAUCUUAUUCAUCGUGGAAACCAAUGGUUGAUGGAAAAAAUUGCUAAGGAUCAAGGACGACAACAGAUACCUGAUGAGUUCAAAAUCCUUCUAAAUAAGAAGUUUGUCUUCAAAGUUCAGAUAUCCAUGUUCAAUCUACAGAACAACUAUCAUGCUUACACUGUGCAUAAGUUGACUGAUGAUGAAAGGGUUCUUGCUGAGAUUUUUAAACGGUCACCAAAUCAUGAACACCAAAAUAUAAAUGAUAAUGGUACUCCCAUUAACAAGCCAAAUAAGGAAAAUACCAAUUAUGUGCAUGAUGGCAAUCUUGAUGUUGUUGACCUUGAAGCUGCAACACCAUCAUCCAGUACGGGGAAGCGCCCUAUUGAGAUUGAUGCCAACACUGACUCUUUGGAGUGGUCUUCUUCAAAAAUUGGUGCUGUUCGUUCUACCUUGAAGAUCCCAAAGUUGGAAAAGUUUGACUAAUAUGAAGUCACCUAGCAAAAUUUUACAUAUCAUCUUCAAUAUGUUUAGAGACAUUUUCUUUUUAAUCUUUUGUGUGUCGCACUUUUAAUUGUUUGUUUAUGGAUAUUUUGGUUGUUUUUAAAAUUUUCUUG